GUUGGGUGCAAAUCACGUGAAGUGCAUUUUCCCAUUUUACGAGGUUUCUUGUCAUCCUUGUUGUCAUGAAGGGGUACAAUACACACUUAAUGCAUCCCCCUUUGUUUUGAACCCAGUAACCCCUAUUCAGACCCCCCAAAAUUCGUUAUAGUCAGAUCCACAAUCCCCCGCUAGAUCAACCUCGUGGUUAGUCCAGAAUUCCAAGCUGGUUGACUAGUUGGCGGAUUUGGGGGUAAUUUACCGGCCAGCUUUCACCUCUGAAAAAUGAGCCAGAAAAACAAGAAAAACAAAUGGAAGAAGGUGGAGCUCACAACAGUCCUGGCGGAAACCCGUCCAGUGACAGCUUGGGCUGAUGAAGUCGAAAUUGAUGAGCGUGAGCUUCAGAUUGCUGCUGCCCGUAAAUCUGCUUUACCAACUGCUCCACGCUCUGCUCGUGGCAGUGAUGAUGAACGAGUGCCCAAUGCCCCUCCAUAUGUGGCCUACAUCACCAACAUCCCAUUUGAACUCAUUGAAGAGGACAUUGUGGAAUUCUUUGGCGAUCUCAUGAUUGAAAACAUAAGACUGCCAAAAAAUGAUGCCACAGGGAAACUUAAAGGCUAUGGAUAUGUAGAAUUCACAGAGAGGCAAGGCCUCAUAGAAGCACUUCAAAUCAGUGACAAGAGCAUGAAAGGUCGAAGGAUACGGAUUGAUGUAUCAGAAAAUAAUGAUAGAGACCGAGGCUAUGGAAGGUCAGACCGUAUGGGCAGAGACCGUAUGGGCAUGGGCAUGGGUAGGGAUGAUGACCCUGAUAGAGCCACAGGUGAUUGGAGAUCAGCACCUCGGAUGGAACCUGAAGGCGAUCGACGCCCUGGUGGACGCGGUGGCUAUGGCAGCAGUGGCUUUGGUGAUCGUGAAGGCCGCGAUCGAGAGGGGGGUGGUUUCGGUGCUCCUCGUGAAUCAGAAAUCCGAGAAGGAGGCUGGCGUGAAGGAAUGGGAUCUGGAACCGCGCCGUCGGGUGGUGGUUUUGGUGGUGACUCCUAUCGUAGCCGAGGAGGCGGCUUUGGUGACAGGGAUAGGGACGGUGGAUUCGACCGAGACAGGAGUCGGUGGGGUUCAGAUCGGGACGGAGGUGAUCGCUAUGGUGAUCGUCCUCGUUAUGGUGACCGUGAUGGUGACCGUCCUCGCUAUGGUGAUCGGGACGGGGACCGUCCCCGAUUUGGUGAUCGGGAUGGCGACCGUUACGGCGGAGAUCGCCCACGCUAUGGUGAUCGUGAAAGGGAAGAAGAUCGCGAGAGGUUCGCCCGUCGCGAUGAUGGACCUCCCUCGGAGUCAUCUGGUGAACCUAAAGAAAGGCCCAGACUCAACCUGGCACCACGUUCCAAGCCAUCUGAAAACCCUCCUCCAGAAGAUCAGGAAAAGAAAUCUACUGAACCACCAUCUGCAAGACCCUCCAUUUUCGGAGCUGCAAAGCCUGUAGACACAGCUGCCCGUGAACGUGAAAUUGAGGAAAAGAAACCUGUUGACCCACCAGCACCUUCAGUUCCAAGGGCGUCAAUUUUCGGAGCUGCAAAGCCUGUGGACACAACUGCCCGUGAACGUGAAAUAGAGGAAAGACUCAACCGCGAGAAGGAGCGCGUGCCUCGCCGCGAUGAUCGAGAGAGAAGCACAGACAAUUCAAAGUCUAAAGAGGGUACUGAUCAGGGAGAAGAAACUAAAAAGGUAGAGGUUGCUCCACCUCCCAAAGAAAAUGCGUGGUCACGCCGUCCAGUGAUUGAACCUAAUGCUAAUAAUGGAAGUCACCGAGCUACAUCUCCAGGCAGUUCGGAGAGACCCUCAAGCCCAAAUCGCAGUAGAGAGACGUCACAGCAAGAUGAAGUGGAAGGUGUAUCGAGGGACCGCAACAACAGGAGUAAAUCUAGGGACAACAAAGACGGAGAAUUCACCCGCGGCAGAGAAGAUGGCAACAACUCUGAAAGGUACGCGCGCAAGGGUGGCAGAGGUUCUGGUCGUAUUGGCCCUCAGGGACCCUCUAGGGGAAUGGGCCAAGUGAAGGUAGAGAGGGUUGGUGGUGGUGGAAGUGGUGGAAAUAAGGGAAAACAUCUUCCAGAUAGGCCGUCACGCAGAGAUCAUUCCAAUGAGGAUAAACCUCGCCUUCCCAAGUAUGAGGAAAAGCCAAUACCUAACUUUGUGGCUUCCAAUAAAUAUGCAUUUUUGAAUGAAGAAGAUGAUGGUCCUGAAGAAACAGCAGAUUGAAGCUUGGUCAAUACACUAUGGAGUUAAAACUGUUUAUCAUAGACACUUUAUUCUCUGUCUGUCGAAUAAACUUGUCAGAUUUCAUCUUUUGGUGGAGCCAUUGCUUCCUCCCUUUUUUCUGGUUUGACCAAUCAUUAGCAGAAUUUAUUUUUGAAUGAUGAUCAUCCUUGGUCAUGGCAGAUUGUCCUUUCCCUACUUUUUGCAAGCCUUUAUUGAUAAUUUUUCACAUGUGUACUGGAUUGGUGUUGGUACAAGGUGUGAACUUAAUAGUAGAUUCUGAUUGAAAUCUCCCUUCUACUCAAUAUUUUUUGAUGUUGACCUCGUUCUUUGGUUUUCCCAAGUUGUGAGCCAUGUUAAUAAUUUUCAUUGCCAUAGUCAGUCCCUCUAUUCUUACUCUUGAACUAAACUGAACUUACUUGGGGUUACUGCACUACUUGAGGUGUCAUGAUGAGUCUUUAGGCCAUCAAUGUUUUAGUGAAAUGUGGCACAGCGCAGGUACACUGUGUCAUAACUACCCGAUAUUCUAUUGUCAUUAUUCAAGAUUAGCGGGAAAGCUAUUGCCAAUUUUAGGUUAAAGUUUUAUUUUUUAUUGUCUUAUAAUUGAAUCAAGAUAUGCACAUAAUUUAUCAGCUGAACUUUUUUUUUUCUGAAGUAAGCCUUUUUAUUGUAAGGUCUAUUGCCUGAUACUCGACAUUAUUGUGGUUAAAAUAAAUCUGUUGAUUGACUUUGAAUCUAGAAAGUUUUCUUGUAUAUGUGAGGUUUUUUUUGCUUUGAGUCACAAGAGUGUGUGUGUGUGUGCAUGUAUGUGUGCGUGUCAUCUUUUCUUCUGAGACUGCCGAUCAGUGCACUGGCUGACUGAUACUUGGAUGCUGUGCCAAGUAGUUAGAGGCCAUCCUAAUUUUUUGCUAUUUGGAGACUUUGGCCAAGACUGUGCCAGUGAACCAAUAUAGUGUUAUGGAUAAUGUAUCUUAUCAAACAUCAGACAUGUAUAUAAAAAAUUCCAUAUCUGAUUGCUCAUUUUGGUCUUGUUAUAGCUUAAAGAAUUUUUUACCUUCAGGCAUCUUUGAAUGCUUGAAGCUUAAAGUCUGGCUUUUUAAAAUCUAGUGUACAGCUGUUUAUUGAAUUGUGAAUAUCAUCUACCUCAUUUCUGGUCAGGAAAGGCACUAUGCAUGACUCUAAAAUUGUAAAGUGGUUGUCCCAACUUCAUAUUCAUCUCAUACCAUGGCUAUCUGGUCUCUUCAGAGACUAUGCAACCUUUAGUCACACAUGGAUUGUGGAACACUUGUCGACAUAUGUAUUAUUGAGGUUAUAAAUAAAAUCAGUCUGUUUGAUUGUAAUGUUGAGUGGAA